CCUGCUCCACAACCAAGAUACCCUGUAAGGAACACUAGAAGGCCACCCCAUUUAAAUGACUACAUUGUAGAAAAUGAUCUAGAUGACGAUGAUGUGAUAAACUAUAAUGUAGACUACUGUUGUGCUACAUCUGUUUAUCCAAAAUCAUAUAAAGAAGCCAUUAAAUCAAAAGAUUCUGAAAAAUGGUGUGAGGCCAUGAAUGAAGAGAUAUCAUCCUUAAGUGAAAACAAUACUUAUACACUCACAAAACUACCUGAAGGUAAGAGCAUAGUGGGAGCACGUUGGGUGUAUACAGUUAAGGAAGGUAAAAAUGGUGAAAAGAGUUAUAAGGCACGCUACGUUGCAAAAGGGUAUUCACAAGUACCUGAAGUUGAUUAUUUUGAAACAUUUUCACCAACAGCAAAGAUAACAUCAAUCCGUAUGUUGAUGCAGUUGGCCCUAGACCUUGACAUGGAAGUGCAUCAAAUGGACGUCAAGACGGCGUACCUCAAUGCACCAGUCGACUGUGAACUGUAUAUUGAGCAGCCAGAAGGGUUUGUCAAACACAGUGAGUCUGGGGAAAUGUUAGUAUGUAAACUUAACAAAUCACUUUAUGGUCUCAAACAAAGUGGGCGCAACUGGAACCAUAUGUUGCACACUUUCUUGACCAGUAAAGGCUUUACACAACUUGUUUCUGACCCUUGCGUGUAUAUUAAGAAACAAAAUGGCAAGACAACUAUUUUGCUUAUAUGGGUAGAUGAUAUUAUUAUAGCAUCCAAUUCAACACCCUCACUAAAACAAGUGAAAGAUGAUUUAAGUUGUAAGUUUAAGAUGAAAGAUCUUGGAAUACUUUCAUGGUUCUUAGGUAUUAAUUUUACCUUUACUGGCAACACUAUAACUAUGGAUCAGAUUAGGUACAUCGAGAGAAUUUUAAUUAGGUUCAAAAUGGAAGGAUGCAAACCAAGGGUGACUCCAAGCGAACUUGGAGUCAAUAAGGCAAGUGCUGGGAAUUCAGACGAACCCGCUGAUCUCAAGUUGUAUCAGGAAAUUGUUGGGAGCCUUAUUUAUGUGAUGACAUCAACUAGACCCGACCUUUCCUUUAUUGUGACAAAGUUAUCUCAGCAUAUGUCAAAUCCUUCCAAUGUCCAUCUUUGUAUGGCAAAGCAUGUGCUUCGUUAUCUAAAAGGUACUAUAGAUAAUAAGCUCACUUUUAAAAAGUCUAAGGAGGGAUUGAGUAUGCACGGGUACUGUGAUGCUGAUUGGGGAUCAUCGGAAGACAGGAAAAGUAUUACAGGUUAUGUUUUUAAACUAUCAAAAGAUGGACCAGCCAUCUCAUGGAAAAGUAGGAAACAGCCAACGGUAGCGCUAUCAACCUGUGAGGCUGAAUAUAUGGCGCUAGCAGCUGCAGUUCAGGAAGCUAAGUUUCUUAGGCAAUUACUAGGGGAGUUCCUUAGCAUCUUUAUUCUCGAACCAACCAUAAUCCAUUGUGAUAACCAAAGUGCCAUUUUCCUUGCCAAAAACCCUGCGCAAAACCAGAGGUCCAAACACAUAGACAUAAGAUAUCACUUUAUUAGGACAGAAAUCCAGUCAAGAACUGUCGAUGUAAAGUACGUACCAUCUGAAGAGAACUUGUCCGAUCUCUUCACCAAGCCAGUCACAAGGCUCAAAGUAG